AUGAUAAGUUACGAGAUGAUGAUAAAACCCCAAAAGACGCUCACUCACCACUCUAACCCUUGGUUAUUAUCUUCUCAUCUCAAAUGUUUUAACAACACAGCAUCUUGUGUUCAAUUCAAUCGCUUUUCAACUGCUGAAUCGCCAUCGCAAAAGAAUCGACAUUUGGAAGCAUUAUUUGGAAAUAUUCCAGGAAAUAUCUUCACUCCGUCAUGA